ACAUCUUUAAAUGCGGCGCCGUCGUGACGGAAAACGUCCGGACAGUUUUCCGGUACGACCGCAAAAACACGACAACGCAGGGCAACGAGUCCACGGUGAUGGAAAACAUCAACAUGAGCGACUUAAUGCUGAAAAACAUCAGCGAUGGCGACUUCCUGCAGGAGAACAGCGACUUCCUGCCAGAGAACAGCGACUUCCUGUUGGAAGACGCCGUGUCUGAGGAGACGCUUUACUCUCAGAUGGCGAGUAUGACGCGCAUCGUGAACGGAGAGGACUGUCCUCCGGGGGAGUGUCCGUGGCAGGCUCUCCUCCUGAACGAGGACGACCGGGGUUUCUGUGGAGGAACGAUCCUUAACGAGUACAUCAUCCUGACGGCCGCCCACUGCAUGAAUGCCUCGCGCUACAUCUACGUGAGACUCGGGGAGUUUGACGUGUUGGUGGAUCACGGUAACGAGGCGAGGCACGAGGUGGAGACGAUCAUCACGCACCACAGAUACAAGCCGGACACCUACAACAACGACAUCGCGCUAAUGAAGCUAGCAAUGCCCAUCAAGUUCUCCCGCUUCAUCCUGCCGGCCUGCAUCCCUGAGCAGGAGUUCGCUGAAAAGGUGUUGAUGCGGGAGCCCGACGGCAUGGUGAGUGGUUUCGGGCGCACGGGCGAGGGCCGGCAGCCGUCCACCAUCCUGCAGCGUCUCUCCAUGCCUUACGUGGACCGGCUCACCUGCAAGGAGUCCACCCAGCUGCGCAUCAGCACCAACAUGUUCUGCGCCGGCUACGACACGAUAGCCAAGGACUCGUGCCAAGGCGACAGCGGCGGACCGCACGUCACACGCUACGGAAACACGUACUUCAUCACCGGCAUUGUGAGCUGGGGCGAGGGCUGCGCGCGGAAAGGGAAAUACGGCGUUUACACUCAGGUGUCCAAGUACAUCCGCUGGAUCAACAGUGGCAUAGAGCAGCUGAUGCCCAAAGAGAAGAGCGGCAGGCGGAGGAAGAGGCACCGCGGCCCGGCCCGGAGGCUGCUUCUGUAAACACCACGACAUAGCAUAGCUAGCUAAACAAGCUAAUCCCUGUUAUAAUGUUGAUAAUUACUUUAGGGGUUCCUCAGGGCUUGAGUCUCGGCCCUUUAUAUUUUAUAUGUAGUUAUUUUAAUCGAUUUAUUUUCAUUUAUAGGGCGGCAUCUGACAUAUUUGCAUCUUACAAAGAAGCUUUUUGAUCAGUAUUGUUAAAGGAAAAGUGCAAUUUUGAUCAAUUUAACAAUUGAAAUAUAUUACAUAUGUGUAAAAAACUGUGUGUUCGUGUGU